UCUAUUCGUUGUUUAGAUACGGGAGAACAACAGCGGGGUUAUAACUGCUAAAGUUUACUUUCAUAAUAAUGGACCCGAGAAAAGUUUGAAACGUGGCCGCCGGGAGCCUCUCCCUGCGCCGCAUGGCCUGCUGCGGCGCACACCCCCACUAACAGGCCGGUGCCUCGGAAUAAAUGAUUAUCGCUUCUUUAUAGAGAUCUAAACCGUAGAAAUAAUGUGAUUUUAAAACAAAUAAAUAAUGUUUUAUCAGAUCUGCUGCCUGCCACGACUCAAAAAAGCCGCGGUGUGACCAGGCAACUCGAUACUCUGCCAGUUUUGAAGGUUAAAUUCAACAUUUAGCCCGUUUUUACUAAAAUAACUUAUGAAUAUACAUAUAUUUUUGGUACUUUUAAUAAGACUUUAGCUUAUAUUUAUUUUUUUAAACACUCAAAUUGCGUUUUUUUAACCUGUACCUAAGCAGACCGUAAGUAGUCCACAACAAGAAGCAACUGCUAGAAACCUGGAAUUAAUUACGAGUUGACCAUUCAGGCUUUUCUUUCCCAGCACGAAAAGUCCCGUUUUUAAUUUGAUGAUUUAAUUGUUUCAGAUAACCCACAUAAGAGUCAUUCAGGACUACCGUUUAGAUAAUUAUUCUACAUUUUAAAAACAACGCGAGACUAGCCGAGUCUAAUCGCUUGGCUGCAUUUGGCAUAAACACAAAUUAAAUGUUAUUAUCAGGCUGUUUUUAGUGUGUUUUUUUAAAUACACACGAACUAAAACUGACUCGGCAGUAGGCUUGCCAUCUAAUGUUAUAUAAAUAGUAUUUUCUUACGUUUGAAACAUUUUCCGCCGAGGAGUUGUGUGAACAGCCGUUUUGGUGUGAACGGGCUGGGGUCAGAUCCUCCAGGCAGCAUCGGUGAUAUCUUAACACUAACUGCGGAUCAAGAGGCUCCAACACACCGCCAAACUCUUCUGAUAAACGAAGCGGUGCUCUUCCGCAACCGUAUUUUAUUUCUUUUUUUAACCCGUUUGACAUAUAUAUUUGAUGCGCCUGUGAUAUUUACGGUGUAUUGGUUUUUAUAUCGAGCCGUUUGGUCCGUGGAGCUGGCUGGUUCAGGGCUGACGGAACAACUCGGCCAUCGAGGCUAUUCUAGAAGGAAUCCAUAUUAUAGAAGGAGUCCAUUUGACGACGACGUGUUUUUGGCUGGACGGGGUUUUUGGAUCAUUUGGGAUCCUGAUACCUCCAGUCUAUUCCAACUAACCGCUCAGUCCACUGCCCCGCUAUGCGGGAAGAGCGACGGCUUCACCGUCUGCCUGAGAGUCGUGGAAGAAACGCAGCUGGUCAGCUACACCGUUCAAUAAUCAUAUUAUUAUUAGCACACAGUGGCUCAUAUGAAGGGUCUCUACAACUGCUUAACCGUUAUUCCCAUAUGCGUGUUUAUGGAAGAUUGUAAAUUAAGUUUUUUUUAAAAGUGUUUUUCUAAACUGCGUCAUUGCCCCUCUAAUGGACCGAGCUCCGUAGAUUCCGGUUAGGCUCUUGGGUAAAAACGACUGAAAAUCUCCCAAAAAAACCGUUUGUUACUAGUCUUAUGAUCUGACCUCGGCAGAGACAGACGUACGGUGUUGAUUGUGUGUCAAGCGAUUUGCUGGGUGUUUUUAUAGGUCAGGAUGUCGAUGGGCAUGGAUCCACAGGGAGACCCACAGCCAGCCUAGCCUUCAGCGGCUCUUUUGGGAACACUAUCCCGGACACAGUGCUAGCUCCGGACGGCCCCCCCCCAACACUGGAGAAUGGAUGGCCGAGAUUUCGGCCCCCCUCGGUCUGUCCAUGUACCCCCUCCCCUGUUGCCUAUGGAGACCCACCGACUCGGAGCUGCUCCUGCUGCAACCAGGAGGAUCCCUCCCUCGCCCGGACACUUGGGCACAGGGCACCCAGCAAACCUUCACGUCGGGAAAUUCCUUCCAUCUGUCAUGAACCUCCAUCCACAUCACAGUGAUGCCUUCCCAGCAGCCUCCAGUCCCUUCCUGCCGGGCUAUUCCGGCCACUCCCCCCUGACCUCUGACCCAGCCUACAGAUCACCCAAUCAGAUGGCUCAGCUCUGGGCCUCACACGCUGCCGCCCACGAAGGCUACGCCCCUCUCCCAGGCGGUCUGUACCCCAGCCCCUACCACCUCCCCCUGGGUAACCUGGAGCCUCCUCCCCCCUCGCUGGGCUUGGCUCAGCACCACCACCUCUACAACGCACCACACCAAGAGAGGUUCUUCCUGCCAGUGUCGUUACCCCAGCCGCCCCUCCAACCCUCCUCCUUCCCCCCCAGCUCCACCCCCCAGAGUAGCUCCCGGGAUGGGGGCAGGGACCGAGGCCGCGAGGAGAGGGAGAGAGAGGCGCCUCAGGAGGGGGGCAGGGAUCGAGACAGACUCUACCGUGAGGAGAGGGAGGAGCCUCAGGAGGGGGGCAGGGAUCGAGACAGACUCUACCGAGAGGAUAGAGAGGAGCCUCAGGAGGGGGGCAGGGAUCAAGACAGACUCUACCGUGAGGAGAGAGAGGAGCCUCAGGAGGGGGGCAGGGAUCGAGACAGACUCUACCGUGAGGAGAGGGAGGAGCCUCAGGAGUCGGACAGAGACAGACCCUACCGCGAGGAGGGAGACAGAGGAGAGAGGGAGAGAGAGGAGCCUCAGCAGGGGGGCAGAGACAGACCCUACCGCGAGGAGAGAGACAGAGGAGAGAGGGACCGGUUGAGAGAGGAGUCUCGUCCAUACAGUGUGGUAGAUCUGACACGGGAUGGGAGGAGUGGAGAGAGAGAACGCCACAGAGACCGAGAGAGAGAAAGAGAGGCUUUCCUCCACCACCCCUCUGCUCCUCCCCCCCUCCGGGGCUCCUCCUCUUCUGGGCGUUACCCAGAGACUGAAGACACACCCAUUCGCUCCCCCAGCCCUAACCCCAGCCCCCCCACACACACAGACAGGCUGAGGAAGACUGAAUCUACCUAUAGCGGUGGACUCCUCCCUGGCCCCACCUACCCUGCACACCGGGAGCCUAUCAGGGAACAGCGUGUGAGCGCGCCCACUUACGUGCCUUCUGUGGAGGUCUACGAUGAGCAGAUCGGCCCGAUUCAGAUCGCUUCGCAGGCCAGGGACAAACACGACAAACAGAGAGAGAGGGAGAGAGAAAGGGAGAGGGAGAGAGAAAGGGAGAGGGAGAGAGAAAGGGAGAGGGAGAGAGAAAGGGAGAGGGAGAGAGAACGCGAGAGAGAGAGGUUUCCUGAAAAGACUCUAUUGGACCGUCGUGCUUCUCUUCCUGGUGAUUUGUCCAAUCAGAGAGAGCGGGAGGAGGGCUCUGUGAUCUGCUCCAACGGUUCGGCUCUGAAACGAGACGGUUACGUCAGACAAUCAGGGUUCAGCCCGGACCCCAGGGACACUCCAAAACAUGCCAUCCGAUUGGGCUUGGAGCGGGUGGGGGAAGGGCCUAAAUGGAACCCCAUCAGCCCAUUGGCCAACUACGCCACCAGUCAUAUGGCAGCUCUGGCCUCCCAGCACAGACACACACACGUUCAACCCUCACACCAUAACCAGCAGGAACUCAACAGACCCCCAUCCAACCCCCACACACCCCAACACUCACACCAUAACCAGCAGGAACUCAACAGACCCCCAUCCAACCCCCACACACCCCAACCCUCACACCAUAACCAGCAGGAACUCAACAGACCCCCAUCCAACCCCCACACACCCCAACACAGACGCACACAUUCCCCCCACCCUCUGCCCCAACCCCAGAGGGCAGAGGAGGGACAGAGGCGCUACUUGGACACCUCAGCCCUGUACCGCCCAGUGGGGGGAAGGAGAGGCAGCGGGGGAGGAGGGUCCGAGGGGGGAGCAGAAGGAGGAGAGGUGUCGGCCAUGCAGAGUCUAAUCAAAUACAGCGGGACCUUCCCACCUGAACGGCAGGGGUCCUUCGGUCAGAACACGGACAACCAAGCCGCGUUCGGAGGGCUGGCGUUCAUGAGACUGGAGGGGGGAGGAGGAGGAGGAGGAGGAGCGGGUGGGAGGCUGAUGAAGAGAGAGCGGGAGCGCCCCGACAGCACCCGGGCGUUGGGACGCGUCGAGGGGCCAGGCGAGGGUGGGGGAGAGCUCCGGCACCCUCCUGUCGGGAUAGCUGUGGCCGUGGCCAGACAGAGGGACAGUAGCAAUACAAACUCACAGAGACCUCUAGUACCGCACGCAGGGGUUAAAGACGAGGAGCGGGGGGACGAGCGAGCCCGUCACCGUGGCGAUAGACUGGGGUGCCUGGAGCAGGAGAAGUUGCUCAGAGAGAGUAAGGAGCUGGCAGAGUUCACGCAGAUGCAUCCCCCCCUGGUGUCCAGCGCCCUGACCUCUAACCUCAUGGUGACUGGAGGCUCCGCCCGCUGGCCCCACGACCCCUCCCCCCUGACCUCUCACCACUGGAUGCCCCGUCAAGGAGCACCGCCCAUCUGGCUGUCGGGAUCCCCCUACGGUUUAGGCCCCUCUCCGCUGCACCAGGCCCUCCCUCCCUACCAGCUGGCUAGAGACCCCCAGUCAGGACAACUAAUGGUUAUAGCUACAGAACACAUCCCACGCUACGGAGGAGAUGUGAUGGAUGGAGGUGGCGCCCCCCUGUGGCCAGGGGCGUACGGAGCAGGGAGUUCUCUGCAACAUGCAGCUCAGCUCCAGAUGUUGUCACAGCAACAGUUGCUGAGGCAACAUGAACUGGUGAUGAUUCAACAACAUGCUGCUCAGGUCCUGGAGCUACAGAGGAACGCUCACCUGAUGGUGAGGACACACCUGAUACACACCUGAUGCACACCUGAUACA